UUCACCCUGUGACCGGAAGUGUUUUUAUUCUGCCGUUCUCCGGGUGUAGUUGUGAUGCGCCCGGAAUGUGCAGCUAACACUGUCCAGGGGCCUGAGGGGUUGGGAAUCGGAAUCCAGCUGUCAGGUGAUAAGAUGUUGCAUCGUGUAUCCAUGACCUGAAGCCUCUCGAUGGUAGUUGGCCAGCAGUAGAGGUGCAGGUUUACCAGGGCCCAGUAUGCCUGCGGGUGCAGUGAAAUCUAAGUCUUAUAUCUGAAGCUACAGUGUAGACGAUGCGAAGGUAUAUUCAGGUACCAAGAGCUGAACCUGAACAAGUCUACAGGUUUAACACUGGGUGGGAACCAAGACCCUUGCUGUCCUGUGGAGUAUGUGGCUGUUGCAGUGCUUUUCGCCCACGUUACAAACGCCUGGUGGAUAACAUCUUUCCUGAAGAACCAAAGGAUGGCCUUGUCAAAGCUGACAUGGAGAAGUUGACCUUCUAUGCGGUUUCAGCUCCAGACAAACUGGAUCGAAUAGGGAAGUAUCUCGCAGAACGGCUCAGUCGGGAUGUCGUCAGGCAUAGAUAUGGGUAUGUUUUCAUUGCGAUGGAGGCAUUGGACCAGCUUUUGAUGGCUUGUCAUUCCCAAAGCAUUAACCUCUUUGUUGAAAGCUUCCUUCAAAUGGUGGCCAAACUAUUGGAGUCCGGAGAACCUGAGCUUCAAAUUCUUGGCUCCAAUUCGUUUGUCAAGUUUGCAAACAUCGAGGAAGACACCGCUUCAUAUCACAGGCGUUAUGACUUCUUUGUGUCUCAGUUCAGUGCGAUGUGCCAUUCUUACAUUGAUGAUCUGGAAAGCAGAACUAAGAUCAGGAUUGCUGGUAUCAAGGGUAUUCAAGGAGUUGUCCGGAAGACUGUCAAUGAUGAGCUGCAGACUAUAAUUUGGGAGCCUCAGCAUAUGGAUAAGAUUGUUCCUUCACUUCUCUUCAAUAUGCAAACAACAGAAGACCCUGACAGUCGGAGCAACCCUCCCUCAAUAUCAAGAAGUGCAGAUAAAGAUGAGGACCCUGCUGCUCUAGCAGAGAGUUGUUUUAGAGAACUACUGGGACGUGCAGCCUAUGGUAACAUGAACAAUGCCAUCAGACCUGUUCUAAUUCAUUUAGACAACCAUCAGCUCUGGGACCCAAAUGCUUUUGCUGUUUCCUGUUUCAAAAUUACAAUGUAUUCUAUACAGGCUCAGCAUUCCCAUCACGUCAUUCAGCAGAUUCUUCGACAUCUGGACACUCACAACAAGGAUUCUCCAAGGGUCCGAGCAGGCAUUGUACAGGUCCUUUUAGAGACUGUAGUUAUCGCGGCAAAAGGUUCUAUUGGUCCAACUGUUUUGGAGGUGUUUAACACAUUAUUGAAACACUUGCGCCUGAGCGUUGAUUUUGAGUUAUCCAGUGAAUGUAGAUCUCCAGGUGGUUUUUCAACAAGCAAUGAUGAGAAAUUAGUUCAGGAUACAAUUAUCCAGACCAUUGGCUUUUUUGGGAGUAGUCUUCCAGAUUAUCAAAGAUCAGAAAUCAUUAUGUUUAUUAUGGGCAAGGUACCCAUUUUUGAUGCUGGAUCGCAUUCACUGGAUGCCAGCCACUGUGGAGAUCGGGGAACAAGAGCCAUUCAAGUCAUGCUUCUCAGAUCUCUACUUAUGGUGACUUCAGGAUAUAAGGCCAAAAGUGUAGCAGCUGCCCUUCCAUCUCCAUUUUUAGAUCCAAUAUUAUCUGUUUCACUAAUGGAAGAUAGUGAGCUAAGGCAACUUGUAUUGCAAAUUCUACAUAGUCUCAUUGAUCGUCAUGAGAACAAGGCAAAAAUCAGAGGAAUGAGAAUCAUCCCAGAUGUUUCAGCAUUGAAAAUAAAAAGAGACAAGAGCUCAAAGCAAGACAUUAGUUUCAUGAAAAAGCAAGGACAGCAGUUGUACAGACACAUUUAUAUGGGUUGUAAAGAAGAUGAUAAUGAACAGAAAAACUUUGAAUCUCUUUUUGUUGCUCUUCUGCUCAUCACCAUUGAACUGGCAACUGAUGAGGUCAUCAUAGACUUGAUUCGGCUUGCCCUUGGUAUACAGGACUUAGCUGUUAGUAAUGAAGAUAACUUACCCGUGUACAAUCGUUGUGCCAUACUGGCUCUGGUGGCUGCAUACUUGAACUUCCUGAGUCAGAUGAUUGCAGUACCAGCUUUCUGUCAACAUGUUAACAAGGUGAUUGAAGUGAGAAGCAAAGAAACAUCAUAUCUUUUGCCUGAAUACAUCUGCAGAGAAAAGUAUGGGUUGCCCAAAACCCUGGAUAUACAAGACAAAAGCUGUCUUUUCUUACAAAACAAGAUUGCAGAUGCACUGGCUGGCAGUGGCUACAGUGUGGAUAGACUGUCGGUGCCUUACGUACCCCAACCUACAGAUGAAGACAGAAUAUCCAGAAGAAAAAGUAUUGUAGACACUGUAUCAAUUCAAGUCGACCUUCUUGGUGACAGUGUACAACAGGAUAAGAUGAAGAUAGUUGAAGAAAUCACCUUUGAAACACUGAAGAAAGCCAUAGAUAGCCAAAAUCUUGAAGAACAAGAAAGAGAAAAGCGACGCCAAGUAAUUGAAAAGUUUCAGAAAGCACCAUUUGAGGAGAUUGCAGCUCAAUGUGAAUCCAAGUCAAACCUGCUCCAUGACAAACUUUCAGAGAUAUUUGAACUAACAAUAAGCAGGCCGCCACCAAGCCCUUCAGGAUCCAUGAGUGUUGCAGCUGGCCAUGUUCAGUACCAUUCCAUUCCAGUCUAUGAAAUGAAAUUUCCAGACCUCUGUGUUUAUUAGCCACUGUUCAGGACACCACAAGGCGACAGAUAAUUGAAAGAUCAAAACUCCUUUGGGGAGGGGUGACAUUAUGUUUUCCACUGAUUACAUUAUGUCUCAAAGAGCGUUCACGUGGAUCAAUUUCUCAAAGUUGAACCAUGUUAGGGCUAGUUGAGCUGAAGUUCACUGUGAUUAUAUGGUCUUUGAUGUGUACAAUGUGUAAGGAUAUCAGUAUCAUGUUGUGCAAGAAUUCACUUGAAAGUUUACUAUCUUUUUGAAGGGGUAAAUACUAUGAAGUUUAUACCUUGCAAGAGGUCCAACAGAUGAGUAGUGAUUGUUAAUAUUGCAACAAUGAAAGUGCAGUUAUGAACAAAACUAUGCAUGGUUUUUGUUUUUCAUUCAAGAAAUAAAACACACAGAAAAGAAUGGACCUUUAUCAACGCAAAUGAGCGAGCUUAAAGUUUUCUCUAUCACAUUCCUGUUGGCUAGAAUUAUUUUUCGUGAAGGUUGUAAUUUUUCUUUAGCAUUCCAAACUUGCCUCAUUUUAAAAAAAAAUCAUUUCUGAAUUGAAUCACUUGUCCGAACCGAAUGUGUUGAACAAUGAAUGAAAAAAUUGACAUUGUUAGUCAGAGCUGUCCUCCACAUGAAAGUUGAACAGAUUUAUAACUUUUUUUUUACUGCCUAAGAAAUUUACCUCAAUUGCUGAUUUUCAGAUGCUACACAACUGUUAAUAAGGUCUGUUUAUAAGGGUCUGUAAGUCCAUAUAAAUAUGAAUACAAUAACAUUUGAGGAAUUAUUUUGGAUUAUCAAGCAGCAAAAUGUAAGUGAUUUUAGUAUAACUAAUUUGGCCUAAAACAUCUGUCAGUAUGUUUCCACUUUCCAUAGGAAAGCCAAAUGGCAGUUCAACUGUGCUGACCAUGUUUGUUUCAUGCAUACAAACCUAUCCUGUUGCUUCACUCCAGUAAUUUGAAUAUAAAGAUUGAGCAACUGUUGUUGGUUUCCUUACAAGUAUAAUUUUGAAUUUGAUGUAAAAAUACCUCUUGCAUGCUGAUUUAGGCAAUGACAUUUUUUGGCACUUUUCUCCUUCCACCCUAUUAACUAGUAGAAGUUUCUCAAUUCCAUGCAACUUUCAUCUUCAGGAGGACUAACUGGGGUUCUACUUCAGUCCAACACAAGUCCACACAGCUGCUGAAAAAUACACAUGUGAGCUGCUGAGAUAGAUCACUGCGUUCCCUACCCAAGCCAUGGACGAGAUCUCUUGGCCUAACCAUAUGCUGUGCAUACUGUGCUGUUUUGUUUUGUUUAACUAUUCAGUAGUCUUGUCAUUGAGAAAUUCAGAUGAAAAUUGGACAUCCAUAAAGCACGAAAAAUGGUGACCAGAUUUCUAAUGGUUGCUCGGUGCUUUUGCACUGCGACAUUGAACCAGAGGACAUUUUUUUAAAAAAUAAAACAAUUCUACACAUUUUAGAUUUCUCUCUGCAAGAUGAAAUACCUCUGAAACCAUUGCGCAAGUAAGGAUUCCAUUGGACUUCUCAAAAUAACACCAGCUGAAAACAUAAUUGUUACCUCAAUUGCACAUGCAAGUGAUUGAAGUUGUGAAACAUUCAGCUGAUGAAACAAUUUGUGUAAGCUUCAGCAAUUCAUGGAUUGUAUGAUGUAGGAAGCAAAUCCAAUCACAUCUGAGAAUACAUAGGCAUCUUACAUUUGAUUUUAAGCAUUCCCCUUGGCUGCUUGUCUUUUUGAAACAAAGUUUCUAAGUUCACUGCUUGAAAUUGGCUAAAUCGAAAUUCUCUGCACCUGGAAAUUCUGCCCCCUCUGGUUAAGUUUGAACAAGAUUGUAAUUAAUCAGUCAGGUGUGGAAGUUAACUUGUGGAUGAAAAUCUAUAUAUCAUAAAUCUGCCUUUUUAUUAAAUUAGUGAAAGGAAUUUAAACGUAGUUAAAUACUAGCAAUAGCAGACAAACCGGUUGGCACAGCUUUAUGUGGAUCAUCUACAAAAUUUUCUCAUCAAUCAACAACACUUUGAAGCAAUUAUUGUUGAAUAGUACUGGUACAAUGAUAUUUAUUUUAAAAUAUUUUUGAUCUGGUCUUAUUUUUUGUCAUUAUCAUCAGAUUAGACAAUCAUUGCACUUUUGAUUUUGUUCAACUUUUGUUCUCUGUUAAAACUCAUUCAAACAGUUAAAAAUUUCAUCUGUAUUUUUAAAUAAUGUGAACGUCACUGUCCAAUUUUAAUCUAACUUUAAUGUUAGCCGUGCUGUAGUAUGAGAAAAUUGCAGUGGACAAAUCUGCGUUCGUGACACAUACUCUUUAAACCAAAUAUUAGCAAAUUCCAAAUGUUAUACUGGAAGCUACUGUCUCCUGUGGACUGGAAUGUUCAUGUGAUUAGCAGUUUGUUUGGAUUGGUGAAAGUCAUAUGAUUUAAGUCAUUGAAUGUUUUGACUUUGUUGAGCACUUUUUAAAAUGACUGCUGUCCUUAAGACCAGGUCAUUUUUUGUAACUGUAUAAUUUAUGGUGAUUGCUGUGUUACAUUAGCAAAAUAUUUCCCAUAAAUCCUUUGUUGUGAUCUGUUUAUUAUGCUUGAACAUGUCAAAGCUAGUCUGUUUCUAAGCAAAGCUUCAGCUAUAACCAGAUGUGUGCAAAUGAUGUUUGCUGGCAAUUGUGUAAAUCUUAGAAAUGCGGAGUAUUGUGUUUUCAGAACGAUGUUUCAUAUUGUUCCUUUCUUCGCCUGCAAUACAUUAGCUACUGUGUACGGUUCUGUCUCAUCCUUCAGAAUUUUUUUAAAUGUGAAAUGUAUGAUGCACAAAUGCAAGGGCAAAAUAAACAUCUUCACUGUUAAA